AUGCCCGACAUUAACUCCGCCGUUUACGACUCCUCUGUUUCGAUUGCCUGCUGCCUCUGUAUAAAGCUCUGCCAUGUGCUCUCACUAUUUUGUUUCAGAAUUUUCCCCAUUUCCAAGUGGCACACCGUCACACUCUUCCGUUUCAGAGGCAGGUGUCAUGGUCUCCGGAAACCCCUUGCGCUCCACCACAGGCAUCCUGUGCUUUCGACGAGUUGCUCUUGGGGUCCGACUACGGAGAGCAUAACGAUCCGCCGAGUGCAACUUGAUCAUGGGAAUCAUUUGAUCGCUUUUAAGAAGUGUUUGAGUUCUCAUGAAUCCGGAAUGUCUUUCGCAGAGCUCACGAUAAGUGUCAUUAAGAUGCUUUCAGGAAAUGAGCCCACUACGUUGUUACAGUUGGUUCGACCCCUUGCUGACUGGGUCAAAAUAACUGUCAAAGAAACUUUUCGCAUUCAAUCAGAUCCCACAGGAAAGCUGAUCAUAACAGGGCAGCCUGAGCAACUUGACAAUCCUUGGGGCAUUACACCAUUCAACAAGACUCCGCAGCAGCACCAUUCGAUAGCUUCUCAUUUCCAUCUCUAUCCGUUGGUGGAGAAAUUAAACGAUGCGAUUGAAAGUGGAACUCGAGAUCAAAAUUCUGAUGCACUGGUGAGUGAAUUGAAUAGCCAUUUUGAGAAGUGUCAACAGCUCUUGAAUUCGAUUUCAGGAUCAUUAGGAUCUAAAACUAUGACUGUUGAUGGACAAAAGUGA